AUGAGACAGAGCGGCGCCUCCCAGCCCCUGCUGCUGAACAUGUACCUGCCAGAUCCGGUUGGGGAGAGUCUUUUCAAAGAAGGCAAGAGUGGCUGGGGGCCACUGAGCCCCGCAGUGCAGAAAGGCAGCGGCCAGAUCCAGCUGUGGCAGUUCCUGCUGGAACUGCUGGCGGACCGAGCGAAUGCAGGCUGCAUCGCAUGGGAGGGCGGCCACGGCGAGUUCAAGCUGACUGACCCCGACGAGGUAGCAAGGCGCUGGGGCGAGCGCAAGAGCAAGCCCAAUAUGAAUUACGACAAGCUGAGCCGGGCUCUGCGCUACUACUACGACAAGAACAUCAUGAGCAAAGUUCACGGAAAGCGCUAUGCUUACCGCUUCGACUUCCAGGGCUUAGCACAGGCCUGUCAGCCCCCGCCCGCCCACGCCCAUGCUCACGCCGCUGCAGCAGCAGCAGCAGCCGCAGCCGCGGCCCACGACGGCGCUCUCUACAAGCUGCCCGCAGCCCUGGCCCCUCUGCCUUUCCCUGGCCUCUCCAAACUCAAUCUCGUAGCGGCCUCAGCCGGAGUGGCCCCUGCCAGCUUCUCCUAUUGGCCGGGCCCCGCUCCUGCAGCUGCCGCCACGGCCGCCGCGGCUGCCGCCGCCCUCUAUCCAAACCCGGGUCUGCAGACUCCCCCUGGGCCCUUCGGGGCUGUGGCCACCACCUCGCACCUCGGAGGGGUGGGGGGACACUAUCACUGA